GCGCGCGCGCGGGCCGGGGUGGUGGAGUCGGGGCCGCGGCUGGACGCAUGCGGUGCGAGCGGCGGUGGGGCUGCGCCGCUUCAGACCUGCUCCCCGGUCGGCGCCCCGGGACCCGGGGUGGGGGUUGGCAGAAGGGUACCGGUAAGACUCAGAUGCCCACAAAUAAUGUAUUGAAAUUAGUAUUUUUAAACGUGUUUUGUUGUGGUAAAGCUCCCACGUGAACCGUCCAGCUGGGUGCUCGCACGUGGUCGUGCUGCCGCCGGCGCUCCGGGUGGUUCUUCCGUGGGAAGCUUUGUCGAGGACGUUGCCUUGUGGGCGGGAGACUGGACCUCUGCCGCGUGGGUGUGACUGACCUCCGGCCUUACCUGGGACACCUUGCAGUUGGUUCUCCAGGCCCUGCAGGUUCCCUUCCACCGUCAGGGCCGCCGGGCAUGGCUGUCUGCUUCCCUCCCCUUGUGCUGGAAGAGAGCGAGUUUCUGAGGGAAGCGCCGCCUGCAGAGCAGCGGGCUUUACAAGAAGAAAAUCCUGACUUUAUAGCCUUGGAUCUGUUGAAGGUGAUUUCAACAAAGGCCAUGGGCGAUCAGGACCUACCUGGAGUUUUGGUGUCUGGGUUUAAAGGACCGCAUGGUAUAUGUGAAGAUCACGUGAGAGAUCUGCAGAAACACUUUCACCUCAUCACCAUGGAAGAAUUUUUGGAGAAUAAAACACAACUAGCUCCGAAGAUCCGCGCUGUGUUCGUCUGGGGCGGGAGGCCAGCUGUUGACCGGGAGCUCCUGCGUAGCCUGCCCUCCCUGAGGAUCGUUGCCAGCGCGGGGGCCGGGCUGGACCACCUGGACCUGGCGCUCAUUGCCAGCUCUGGCGUGAAGGUAGCCAGCACACCACAUGCUGUUUCCAGCCCCACAGCAGACCUGGGGAUGGCCUUGCUGCUGGCCGCAGCCCGGAGAGUAGUGGAAGGUCAUCAGUUGGCUGUUUCACCAGAUACGGAGAAAUUUUCUAUAAACUGGAUGGGUCAGGGAGUGACCGGGGCCACUCUGGGAAUUAUCGGCAUGGGCAGCAUUGGCUAUAAGAUUGCCCAGAGGGCCAGAGCGUUUGAAAUGAAGAUUUUGUACCACAAUAGGAAACGGAGGAAAUUGGAGGAGGAGGGAGCUGUUGGGGCCACUUACUGUGCGAGGCUGGAUGACCUGCUUCAGUGGUCAGACUUUGUGAUGCUGGCUGUGAGCCUAACACCCCAGACCCAGGGGCUGGUCGGGAGGCGGGAGCUGAGUCUGAUGAAGCCCAGCGCCACUCUCAUCAACAUCGGCAGAGGUCCGUUAGUGGAUCAGGACGCCCUGGUGGAAGCCCUUCAGACCGGGGUCAUUAAAGCGGCAGCGCUGGAUGUGACGUCCCCCGAACCCCUACCCAGUUCUGCAGGUGUCAGGCCUCUGCCUCAACACCUCCAUGGACAGGGUGCUUGGGGCCCUGGGGCCCAGAUCGCAAGGAUGGAGGCUGCACAGAACUGUCUUUUUCACGUCCUCCGGUUACCCACUGGCCCCAGUCUGCUCUGUGGAGCAUCGAAGGCCGACUUUGAUCAUUCUUCUACAGACCUGCAUUAUUUUAAUCACUACAUUUUAUUUUGGUCUUUUUUGUUUUGAGGCUAAAUAUCUUCACAUCCUUUACUUGUAGCCUGAGUGAUAUCAUUUACAGACACCUCGCCAUUAUUACUGUGUUUCAGCACUUAGAUUUUCAGGUCCUUUGAAAGUGUGCCCGUGAGACUGGCAUCCAGGACCCGUGCUGGAGCCCUGGGGAGAGGGACACAGAGCCAUGGCCACAGC